ACUACUCUGGCGCUGAGUGUUCCCUUGCCAGGCGACAAAAAACUGGCCAUGCGCAUCUGAGCUGCAGUGUCCUCCCAUACGAGAAAUCGACGGUUCAACGGCGUGUUGUUGGGCGCUGCCUGCUGCAGCCUUCCGUUCACCCUUGUUAGAGUCGGUCCCGCAUAUUAUCAUACAGCCUCGUACGCAGCGGUACGCAGAUGGCGUCUCGGGCCAACGAUUCUUCAGCCCCGGCCGACCAAUCCUCCUCAGACAACCCUUCCGCUCUGAUCGAACAGCUUUCCGAGGAGCUAAGCUUUCAACAAGCCGUGCUGGUUUCUCUCCUCGAGUCUUCCGACUCUGCGUCAACCGAGGAGCAGGUCGCAGACGUCAAAGCUGAGAUUGCGCAUCUCAAGCGCAAGCUCGCCGAGGCUCGCAGCAUAGGUUCGCAUUCAGGCCACGGCGGGGCUGGAGAUAGCUCGGCGUCGACUCCACCUACGAAAACACACUCGACGGGCUCGAGCUCAGGGGAAGAAUUCAGGUCAAACCCAGGCAUGUCGUCGCGGAAGCGUUCCAUCGGGAGCUCACAUCUCGAUGUUGACGCAUCAACCCGGGGGAUCGCCAAAUCAAGACGAACCACGCCGAGUCCAGCCCAAGGGGAUUCCGGGUCCAGCUUCGACGAGUUUGGGGAUGACGAGUAUCAGGACAUUGUGCCGGUUAUUGACCUCACCGGGGACGACGAUGCCGAGUUCCUCUCAAGUAUCAGGCGACAGAGAGAAGCAGAGGAACGUUUGCGGCGGAGAAAAGCAGAAGCUGACAGAGAUGCUGCCAUAGCGAGACAACUCGCCAGACGCGACUCGCCGUCCCGCAGCGAAUCCAGUUUUGCGCGAUCGUGGCAACCGGGGCAAAAUAAUGCUUUCGACCGGAUCCUUGGGAGACCCUCCCCCACGUCCGCUCCCUCGUGGAACGCAGCUCGUACGGACCACGUCAAACUGGAACCCCGCUCUUCCUUCGCAGGCCAGGCCAGCAGGGGGCAUCCAUCGGGCCAUUCUACUGUCAAGUCUGAGCCGAGGGAAAACCGGUACCGGAUGCCCGGGGCCUACGUGGACUCCGAUGACGAAAGCAAUGAGAGGUUUCCUCCGUCCUUGGGCACUGCAUCUCAGCCGUCUCGACCCUCGCUGCCUCCAAUAUCAUCGCUUACUCCUAUUUCGUACGAUGCAGCGCACUCAGCGCCCACUCUGCCGCCUCUUUCGCGAGCCGUAACCCUUCCAACACCGCGCGGAUUUGGUACGAACGUUCCUGCCAUUGAGUUGGCACGGCAAUCGUCUAUGGCACGGCAGGAGACGCCGGCCGCUUGGCCGUCAGUCGGUCCUAUCGGCCACAUGUUGCAGACAACUGGACAAAACGCCAGGCCUUACUUGAAUGACUUCUCGUCGGCCUCGGCAGCCGACAGGCCUGGGUUCAUGACCAAUGGCAGCUACUAUCCUCGACUAGGGCCAUCGACAGAGCCUUCGAGUCUUGCCGCGACUAUCAAUCGUGUCAACGGCUAUGACUUCAAUGCCAUGGUCGAUGCGGACGGAAACCACCUCAGCUCACGCCUCAUGGACUUCCUCGACGACUAUGUCAACGAUCCGCGUAAGACCGAAGAAGAUAUUCAGCAGCUUCUUUCGAAUAUCCGUCCAGACAUGGAAAUUCCGGAGGAGGAACGCGGCGAGACACCGGAGGCCAUGAAAUACUCCCUCUUUCCUCAUCAACAGCUCGCACUGAAGUGGAUGACAGAUAUGGAAAUGGGAACGAAUAAGGGCGGCAUACUGGCGGAUGACAUGGGGCUCGGCAAGACCAUUUCAACUCUUGCAUUGAUAGUUUCACGGCCUUCUCCUGAUCGUAAUGUCAAGACAAACUUGAUCAUAGGCCCGGUUGCACUCAUAAAACAAUGGGAGCAGGAGGUGAAGAAGAAGCUGAAGGGAACCCACAAGAUGAGCGUUUAUCUUCUCCACCAAAAGAGAACGGCUUACUCGGAGCUCAAGAAGUACGACGUCGUGCUCACGACGUAUGGGUCGCUAGCUUCGGAGUGGAAGCGAUACAACCAGCAUGUCGACCAACGAAAGGAAUCGGCCCAGUACCGGGAGGAAGCUGAUAUGGAACUUGCGAGAAAGUGUCCUCUGCUCCACCGUGGAAGCAGGUUCUACCGCAUCAUUCUCGACGAGGCGCAGUGCAUCAAGAACAAGGAGACCCAGGGCUCUCAAGCGGCACACCACCUCAUUGCUACCUACCGAUGGUGCCUUACCGGCACCCCCAUGAUGAACAAUGUGUCAGAGCUGUACCCGUUGAUCCGCUUUCUCAAGAUCAGACCAUAUUGCGAUUUCAAGAUGUUCCAGAAGGACUUCAGGAGCCUAGCUCCGAGGAGCAAUGUGUCGGACUAUUCCCGGGACAACGCCAUGCGGAAACUUCACGCUGUCCUAAAGGCCAUUAUGUUGAGGCGUAUGAAGAACUCGAAGAUUGACGGCAAGCCCAUAUUGCAACUGCCCCCGAAGACGGAGAAUGAGGAACACGUCACCUUCUCCGACGACGAGCAGCAGUUCUACCGAGAUCUCGAGUCGAGAUCUCAGGUGCUGUUUAACAAGUAUCUUCGUGCAGGAACCGUUGGCAAGAACUACAGCAACAUCCUUGUGCUGUUGUUGCGCCUCCGUCAGGCUUGCUGUCACCCUCAUCUCAUGGAAUUUGAAUCUGUCACCACAGCUACCUCAGAUACCCAAAUGGUGGAUCUUGCGAAGGAGUUGGAAGCCACGGUGGUUGAACGUAUUAAAGCUAUCGAGGCGUUCGAGUGCCCUAUCUGCUACGACGGCGUCGACGACCCCAUCCUUAUCAUCCCGUGCGGCCAUGAUACGUGCCAAGAGUGUUUCACUUCGCUCACGGAGACCUCGGCGCAGAACAACAUCAGGUCGGGUAAUGAAAAUGCUACUGCCAAAUGUCCGGUGUGCCGUGGCCAGGUUCUGCCCACCAAAGUCAUCAACCUCACCGCGUUCCGGAAAGUGCACAUGCCCGAAGCUCUUCCGCCCGACGAAGCUGCUACCGAGGACGAGGAAGAGACGACGGAUUCUGAUGACGCCUCAUCCGACGAUGACACCGAGUCUGAUACGGAGUCUCUCGGAAGCCUAGCAGACUUUGUUGUUCCGGAUGACGAGAUUGGCCGAGGAAUCAAAGAUGAGGAUCCCGGCGAUGACGAUGAUGAUGACGAUGAUGAUGAUGAUGAUGAUGAUGAUGAUGAUGCCAUACUCAAUGCUGGACUAGCCGCUGCUACUGCGGGGGUAAAGGUGGAAAAGAAGGAGGAAAAGAAGGCGAAAAAGGAGAAAAAGUUUAUGAAGAAGGCUAAGAAGAGCCGCAAGAAGGAGGGAAAGGGGAAGGCCAAAUCCGAGCCCGAAGAAGUCGACCCUCGCAUGUUGAAAAAACUCCGCAUCGAGGCCGGCAAGAACAAGGAAGCCCGCCGUCGGUACAUGCACUACCUCCGAGACAACUGGGAAGACUCGGCCAAAGUGACCCAGGUCAUCGAACUGCUCCGGCAGAUUCAAGAAACGGACGAGAAGACGAUCAUCUUCUCGCAGUGGACCGCCCUCCUUGACCUGAUCGAGUGCCAGAUCAAGUAUAAGCUCAACCUCCGCUACUGCCGCUACACGGGCAGCAGCAUGUCGCGCAACCAGCGCGACGAGGCCGUCCAGGACUUCACCGAGAACCCGCGCACGAAAGUCAUGCUCGUCUCGCUGCGUGCCGGCAACGCCGGCCUCAACCUCACGGCGGCAUCGCGUAUUAUCAUCUGCGACCCCUUCUGGAACCCGUACAUCGAGAUGCAGGCCGUCGACCGCGCGCACCGUAUCGGCCAGCAGCGAGAGGUGCAGGUGCACCGCAUCCUGGUCAAGGAAACCGUGGAAGACCGCAUCCUCGCCCUGCAGGAGAAGAAGAGGACGCUGGUCGAGGCCGCUCUUGACGAGGGCCAGAGCAAGAAUGUCGGCCGUUUGAGCGAGCGCGAGUUGGCUUAUCUGUUUGGUGUCAACGUGCCUGGAGACGCGUCAGUAGUUCCAGUUCGCCGUUGAUGGUGUCUCGAAGCUGUACGGCCCUGUUGUUUUUUCUUGCUUAUUUUUGUAGCUCAUGUGGAUUGUGCUGAGUUUACAGUGGCUCAAUAGAGUGUGCCUUUCCCCUGUCGAUCUAGCUCUGGCUUUGGCCCCGGCCCGGCCAUGUGUUUAUUGGGGUUCAAGUGGCUGACGUUUCUUUCUUGUCCCACAUACUGGGCCCUGGGUGCCGCGAUCUGCUACCCAUCUCCUUCCCCAUUGCUACUCAUCAGAGAGGAAGCCUCACGGUUACUUAAAGUGCUCGGUUACUUUGUCUUGGUGGGGAAAGGAACGGAGUGAGAUAACGGAGUUGGUCGGAU